AUGGACGGGUACGUCAAAGUUGCACAUUUGAUGUCCAAGUACGAGGAAUUCGCUAUCCUCAAACGAUUCAAGGCUCUCAACUACCCGAGUCUACUCUACCGUCAAGCCGAAAUAACAUAUUUGCAAGAAGAUCUCGAGAAGUUGGCGGAGAGGGAUGCCACCGAACCAGCUAGACAGUAUUACACGAAAGACUGGUGGGCUUUAGCUCACACCGCAACAGAGCAGGAGGGGGGUGAACAGUGGCGAAAGGUACAGCAGAUCAGGGAAAAGCUUGAUGAUUACAAUGACCAACUCGUUAAGCUCGCCACACUUGCAAAGCUCGACGCACCGGCUUCACCUGACGACCCUGAAAGCCCUGAGCUCGGCGACUCGAUUUAUCAUUACAAGAAAUCGCUCCUCUUCGGCGCCGCUGAUAUUUUCACUACAGUGGUCGCGUCAUUGCUUCCAAUGUUGUCAAUUAUAGUGCUAUUUUUCGUGUCGUCUAACGCACUGAAAUUGAUCAUAAUCACUUUGUUCUCGGCGCCUUUCUCACUUGCGCUCGCUCUGAUGACGACUGCGCGGCGAAUCGAGAUUUUUGCGGCUACAGCGGCGUAG